AUGUACUCCAAGAUCCUCUCCUCGGCCGCCGUGGCCCUGGCCGCCUCCCAGCUGGUCUCUGCCCAGACCUUCACCAAGUGCAACCCCAUGGAGAAGAAGUGCCCUGAUGACCCGGCUCUGGGUACCAGCAUCUCCAUUGACUUCACCAAGGGCAACAACGACUUCUUCGAGGAGCUCGAUGGCACCGACCUCACCUACGACAACAGCCUCGGCGCCGUCUACACCAUCGAGAAGGAGUCCAACGCCCCUACCGUCCAGAGCACCAAGUACAUCUUCUUCGGCAAGGUCGACGUGACUCUGCGCGCCUCCGUCGGACAGGGUGUCGUCACCAGCUUCGUCCUCCAGUCGGAUGACCUCGACGAGAUCGACUGGGAGUGGCUCGGCGGUGACGUUACCCAGGUCCAGACCAACUACUUCGGCAAGGGUGACACGACCACCUACGACCGUGGUGCCUACCACAACGUCAACAACCCCCAGGACGAGUUCCACACCUACACCAUCGACUGGACCCAGGAGUACGUCAAGUGGUACAUCGAUGGCAGCCUGGUCCGCACUCUGAACUACGCCGACGCCAAGGAGGGUACUCGCUUCCCCCAGACCCCCAUGCAGAUCAAGCUCGGUACCUGGGUCGCUGGUGGCAAGGACUCCCCCAAGGGCACCGUCGAGUGGGCUGGUGGCUACACCGACUUCAGCAAGGGUCCCUUCCACGCCUACUACAAGUCCAUCACCAUUGAGGACUACGCCAACGGUGUCCAGGGUGCCAAGUCCUACAGCUGGAACGAGGGCUCCGACGGUUCCUACGGCAGCAUCAAGGUCAUCACUGACGAGAAGGAGGUCACCACCUCUACCUCCUCCAGCUCUGACUCCAAGGCCACUGUCGUCUCUACCCUGAGCGACGGCUCCAAGACCACCCUGACCACUGCCAGCAUCACCAGCGCCAAGGGUCUUACCCAGGCCACCAACGGUGCUGAUGUCAACACCACCAUCACCAGCCAGACUGCCUCCGAGACUAUUGCUACUACCCUUCAGACCGGCAGCAGAACCACCAGCACCUCCAGCUCUUCUACCAGCGCCCCCGCCGGUAGCGGUGCUUUCAAGCAGGGUUUCAACUUCGCCCUGCUCGGUGCCUCUGCUUUCCUCGGCUUCCUCCUUCUGUAA